AUGUGUCGCACUGAUCCAAGGUUGUGGCGAUGUGACCUCAAGCUCCCCUGUGAGUACUGUGCCUCCCGCAACCGCGAGUGUGUCUACCCUAAUGCGCCGCUGAGCACAAAGGUGCCCCUGGUGGAACUAGACCUAAGCGAUGGCUCUAGCUAUGACCAGGACCAGUAUCCUGUUUUUGAUGACGAGUUUCCGAUACCCGAAGGUGGAGAAUUGACUGAUGUGGAGGAAUUCAUGGAUCUAGGAGCGGACUAUGACGACGAUAUAAUUGAGUUCGUUAGGGAUGAGUCGACCGACUCUGAGGCUAGCUCAUUGACUGAGUUGCCUCUACCAACUCCCGAAAUGAUCAAUGUGUACCGCCUUUACUCAGUGCUACCGGUGAAGGUGAAUAUGACACCGUUGGAGAUGUGGGUGCUCCACUUCUUGCUCGAGUCGAGUUUGGAGUACUACGUUGCCAGCAGAGACACGAGGCAAAUGCAGAUGUGGGAUAACAUACGUGAGACGUUGUUUGGCAACCUGAAGUUGAUGCAGCUGAGCUUGUAUGCUUAUCUGGGGAUGCUUAUGCUUGUGAAUUACAACUCGCGAUACCUCUUGGGAGAGCUGCCCGUCGACGAUGGCCUGGAGUUAUCGGUGGCUAAAGUGUACAACUUCUCGAUGAAUCUGUACAGCUUUCUCUUGAAGGAUUUGACUAGGCAAAUGGAGCCGCUUCUUGCCAAUACCAUUACCCGAGUAGAGGCUGAGGUGCUCGUUGUCUCCAUAUCAUUUUUGUUUUCAAUCAUCGGGAGCAAUCCUGUGGGCACUUGUCCGUUAGUUGACUUCAACAGGGGUGGUAAUGAUUUCAUCUCAUUUUGCAUUGGCUUCCGUCAAACUGGUAUUGCGACAUACUCUCUAAUACGCGACCUGCUAUUAGUGGAAGUUGUGUCUGUGAAAACGCCACCGCUGAUGGAUACACCGCUUCUCCCAUUCUUUGCUCGGAUUCUACGAUACAUUGACGACCAUGAAAGUGAUGGCCAAAUUGAUGAAGACGACUUAGAGGUGAUUAAGACCACCAUCAGAUUGCUCAAUCAACACGUGCAUCGCACCACGGUGCACCGAACCCCCGUGGCAUUCUUCCAAACCUUCACGUAUACCUCGGAAACCUUUUGGAAUUUGGUGUACAAUCAAGUGCCGAUCGCCCUCAGCUGGCUCAAUGCAUUAUCGGCGUUUGCGCUCAUGUUCAAAUUUUGUUUCAUUCGAGACAACAACAUCUGGGUCGAAUACAUGGACUGGUGUCACCUGUGGAUCCAACACAAGUACCCUUGGGAUGAGCCAUUGUAUCGACUCGUGGUUGAACAGGGGUUCUACGUCCGCGAUUUCCUGUUCUUCCUCACUUUUGAUCCUGUAAAUACAACUUAG